AUGGAUGUGGACGAGACAACAAAAACAGUGACGGAGUUGGGAGUCUGUAUAGAAGAUUUCACUGGCGACAAACCUAAGACGAAGAUGAAGUGCUACAAUUCCAAAUUAAAAAUAUUUAGGGAAUUUAUACUGGCCACUGUUUCUGCCUUAGUUGAAAUCAAAUCAAAUCAUGUGUAUGCAAAAACUGACAAAGAGCGUUUAUCACAGUCCCAGGUCUAUGCACUUGAUGCUUUAGCUUGUACUGGGGUUGCAGGCAUUCAGUGGAAGAAACACCUGUCCAGUCAUGUGCAUGUGACAUUAGCUGAUCAUGACGACACAGACAAGAUGGUGGCCAACGCUCAAGCAAACUUCCUGAGCUGCACCGAACAUAAACUGAAUCCUUUGCGAGUUUCUGGGGAGCUGGUUGGUUUGCAGGGAGAGAAGGAAGUCCAUUACAUUCAGGCAGAGGCAAAGGCAGUCCUGAUGAUGGAGCAGUAUAAUUUUAUAUAUUUGAGCUCCAACAAGAAUUGUGCCUCUUACUUUGAGCCUGCACUGCACAGUAUGACCUCUGAUGGGAUACUGUGUGUCAUUGUUCCUGAUAUUUCAUUGUUUGCACGAACGCCCCAUGUGGUACAGCGUUUUUUUGCUGCAGACGUUGUUAAGACAGAGUAUCUCAAAGAACUGGCCGCACGUAUUGUCCUGGCCAGUUUGGCACGAGCCGCAGCCAGAUGCCUUAAAGGCAUAUCCCCUCAGUAUGUGGUAUCCCACGAGGACCACUUGCUCAUUUGUGUCAAAGUUAGCAGAGGUCAUAAUGCUGCAGACUCUUCACUGAAGGAGAUAGAGAAACUUCUUCAUUGCAGACUUUGCGAGGAAAGAGUUUUUAUGCCAAAUCAGUUGGCCCCGCAUGAGGAUCCUUACAGCCUUCUGCCCUGCACUUGCAAGAAGAAUAAUCCAGGAAAGACAGCUGUCAUUUUAGGACCAGCUUGGAAGGGGCAUAUUAGUGACCCAGAUUUCCUAAGCCGCCUACAACGGCAAGCCAAGCCCUUGAGCUUAAGCACAAAAUUUGUGGAAAUAGCCAGCAUGCUCAUAAAGGAAAGCUUGUGUGCCAAAUCAGACACCAUUCGACCUGUUGGAUUUAAUUCACGGCCAGAUCUGAGCUCAACUGAAAAAGACUCUAACAACUGCAAUUCUGAAGCUGAACAUGUCAAUGUGCACACAAGCACCUCAGCAGAUGCAGCAGAAAAUCAGAGUGACUCAACCAGUGAGGCUGGACCAACUGAUAAAUUAGCAACCCCAGACCAUGUUGAAGAAACUCUGGAAGCCUCAAAUGGAGAGGUACACGCAAAGGAAGAUGUUCAGGAGCAGACAGAUGUGGACUCCGAAAGACAGAAACGAAAAGCAGAGGAUGAUGUAAAUAAAAUGAAGUCUAAACGUCAGAGGAAAGCAGAUGUGACUAAAUCAACGAAUGUUGCAUUUUACUACAAUGUUACAAAGUUCAGGAAAACAAACCUUCCCAAGCUGGAUAAACUGGUAACCAUUCUCCAUUGCCGAGGUCAUCGGGCCAGUAGAACUCAUUUUGACUCCUGUGCAAUUCGUACUUCAGCCACUGUUGACGAGUUCCUGCAUAUUUUUGGGUGA